AUGUAUGUUUCAUGGUUUGAAUGUUUUUUGGCAACUUUAAUCAUUUUACCAUAUAAAUAUGGAAUCAUCCAUUUGGCAGAGCCCGACCAUAUUUUCGAAGGAUUCGAGGAUCUGGAUAAUUAUCUCCAAUUAGAUGAGCUCAAUUUAAAAUCCAUUCCAGUUCUAAUAGCCGGUUUUUUGUUUUGGCAUUAUUUAGCAGUUGUGAAUUCUGGAUUUUGUGUGUUUCUUAUUGAAAGAACGGUGGCUACAGUACUAUUUAAUGAUUAUGAAUCCAAAAAUCGUCCAAAAUUAACCAUUUGUAUAGAUUUAAGGAUGAGCAAGUACUGA